GCCGGCCGUAACUCCUCAACUCGGCAGCUGGCUGCCUAGACAUGUCCUGACAAACUUCGAUUCUCCUCGAGACCUUCUCUUUUCUCUCCAGACCUCGUGCGCCCGCUCUCUCUCCACCUCUUUUGGUGCUCAAACUUUCCCCGGGUCGGAAGCCACUGGAAAUGCGACCACCUAAGUCCCGACAGCACUGGAGGCUCGCACUCUGGUUGGGGAUAUGUUGAAGAUCCAAGGGAGGCAAAGUUGGUAUUUCGAGCCCGGCUCCUAACAGAAAUCCAAACGGCGUGGGAUUUACCCAACUGCCGGGGACUGUAAGGAAGAGCAUCGAGGACCGGGCUGCUGUGGGUCAAGGAAGAUGGACUAUUUAAAGGACGUCCGUGGAACUUGAACUAUACUUCUCUUCAUGUGAAGGUAAUUCGCUCGUAGCCAAAAAGGUGGCCAGGAGUUAAACAAUGGGGAGACAAUUGGCCUUGCUUCUGCUUCUGCUCCUCUUUCUCCAGCAUUUUGGAGAUAGUGAUGGAAGCCAAAGACUUGAACCCACCCUAUCUCUACAGUUUACACACUUCCAGUACAAUGUCACUGUGCAUGAAAACUCUGCAGCAAAAACCUAUGUUGGCCACCCUAGAAAGAUGGGCAUCUACAUCUUAGACUCCUCAUGGGAAAUAAGGUACAAAAUCAUCUCAGGAGACAGUGAAAACCUGUUCAAAGCAGAAGAGCAUGUUCUUGGAGACUUUUGCUUUCUAAGAAUAAGGACCAAAGGAGGAAAUACAGCUAUCCUUAAUAGAGAAGUGAGAGACCAUUACACACUGAUAAUCAAAGCAGUUGAAAGGAACAGCAAUGCCGAGGCCCGAACAAAGGUCAGGGUGCAAGUGCUGGAUACAAACGACUUGAGGCCAUUGUUCUCACCCACCUCUUACAGUGUUUCUUUGCCUGAAAACACAGCCAUAAGGACCAGUAUUGCAAGAGUCAGUGCCACGGAUGCGGAUAUCGGAACCAACGGUGAAUUUUACUACAGUUUUAAAGACCGAACCGACAUGUUUGCUAUCCACCCAACCAGUGGCGUGGUUGUUUUGACAGGCAGGCUUGAUUUCCUAGAGACCCAGCUCUAUGAGCUGGAGAUCCUGGCUGUGGACCGGGGAAUGAAAUUGUACGGUAGCAGUGGGAUCAGCAGCAUGGCCAAACUGACGGUUCAUGUGGAACAGGCCAAUGAGUGUGCGCCCAUGAUAACAGCAGUGACAUUAUCGCCCUCUGAGCUGGAGAAGGACCCCACAUACGCUAUUGUCACUGUGGAGGACUGUGAUCAGGGUGCCAAUGGGGAGAUAGCGUCUUUAAGCAUUGUGGCUGGUGACCUUCUUCAGCAGUUUAAAACAGUGAGGUCUUUCCCAGGGAGUAAGACAUUCAAAGUCAAAGCCAUUGGGGCCAUCGACUGGGAUAGCCAUCCUUACGGCUACAAUCUGACACUACAGGCUAAAGACAAAGGAACUCCUCCCCAGUUUUCCCCAGUGAAAGUCAUUCAUGUCAUUUCUCCCCAGUUCAGAGCUGGGCCGGUAAAGUUUGAAACGGAUGUUUACAGAGCUGAGAUCAGUGAGUUUGCUCCUCCGCAUACACCUGUGGUCCUAAUCAAAGCCACCCCUAGCUAUUCCCAUCUGAGGUAUGUUUUUAAAAGCACCCCUGCAAGAGCUAAAUUCAGUUUAAAUCACAACACAGGACUCAUUUCCAUUUUAGAACCAAUUAAAAGACAGCAUACCUCCCACUUUGAACUUGAAGUGACAACAAGUGACAGAAAAGCUUCCACCAAAGUCAUGGUGAAAGUUGUAGGUACGAACAGCAAUCCCCCUGAGUUUACACAGACUGCAUACAAAGCCUCCUUUGAUGAGAAUGUGCCCAUCGGUACUACUGUGAUGAGGGUGAGCGCAGUAGACCCCGAUGAGGGUGAGAAUGGCUAUGUAACUUACAGUAUUGCAAACUUAAAUCAUGUGCCAUUUGUCAUUGACCAUUUUACCGGUUCUGUGAGUACCUCUGAGAACCUGGACUAUGAACUGAUGCCUCGAGUUUACACGCUAAGGAUUCGUGCUUCUGAUUGGGGCUUGCCCUAUCGCCGGGAAGUUGAAGUCCUUGCCACGAUUACUCUCAAUAAUCUGAAUGACAACACCCCCCUGUUUGAGAAGAUAAACUGUGAAGGGACAAUUCCCAGGGACCUAGGUGUAGGGGAGCAGAUAACCACAGUUUCUGCUAUUGAUGCUGAUGAGCUUCAGUUGGUGCGCUACCAGAUUGAAGCUGGUAAUGAGUUGGAUUUGUUUGGCUUAAACCCUAGCUCUGGGGUACUGUCAUUAAGGCACUCACUAAUGGAUGGCUUGGGUGCAAAGGUUUCUUUUCACAGUUUGAGAAUUACUGCUACAGAUGGAGAAAAUUUUGCCACACCAUUAUACAUCAACCUAACGGUGGCUGCCAGUCGCAAGCCAGUGAACUUGCAAUGUGAAGAGACUGGUGUUGCCAAGAUGCUGGCAGAGAAACUUCUGCAGGCAAAUAAAUUGCACAACCAGGGAGAGGUGGAGGAUAUUUUCUUCGAUUCUCACUCGGUCAAUGCCCAUGCUCCACAGUUCAAGAGUGCCCUUCCAACUGGAAUUGAGGUAAAGGAGAACCUCCCUGUGGGUGCCAAUAUAGCUUUCAUGAAUGCCACUGACCUUGACUCGGGCUUCAAUGGAAAACUUGUCUAUGCUAUUUCUGGAGGAAAUGAUGACAGUUGCUUUACUAUUGACAUGGAAUCAGGAAUGCUAAAAGUCUUAUCUCCACUUGACCGUGAAGUCACAGACAAAUACACCCUGAACAUUACCGUGUAUGACCUCGGUAUACCCCAGAGGGCUGCGUGGCGUCUUCUAGAUGUUACAGUUCUGGACGCUAAUGAUAAUCCCCCUGAGUUUUUACAGGAGAGCUACUUUGUUGAAGUGAGUGAAGACAAGGAGGUAAAUAGUGAGAUCAUCCAGGUGGAAGCCACUGAUAAAGAUCUGGGCCCCAGUGGACAUGUGACAUACUCCAUUCUCACAGACACAGAUAGGUUUUCAAUUGACAGCGCGACUGGUGUGGUGAGAAUCAUCCAACCUUUGGAUCGUGAAGUGCAGCCUGUGCAUUACUUAAAGAUUGAGGCCAGGGAUCAGGCCACAGAAGAACCUCGGUUGUUCUCCACUGUGCUUUUGAAAGUGUCACUAGAUGAUGUUAAUGACAAUCCACCCAAGUUCAUUCCACCUAAUUACUCUGUGAAGGUUCGAGAAGAUUUGCCGGAAGGAACCAUAAUCAUGUGGUUAGAAGCCUAUGACCCUGAUGUAGGUCAGUCCAGUCAGGUGAGGUACAGUCUCCUGGACCACGGAGAAGGCCACUUUGAUGUGGAUAAACUCAGUGGAGCAGUGAGAAUUGUCCAGCAGCUGGACUUUGAGAAGAAGCAAGUAUAUAAUCUCACCAUAAGGGCCAAAGACAAAGGGAAGCCAGUGUCUCUGUCUUCCACUUGCUAUGUGGAAGUUGAGGUCGUUGAUAUGAAUGAGAACUUACACCCGCCAGUGUUCUCCAGCUUUGUGGAGAAGGGUGUUGUGAAAGAAGAUGUCCCUACUGGCUCAUCAGUAAUGACCGUGUCAGCUCAUGAUGAGGACACUGGGAGAGAUGGAGAGAUCCGGUAUUCCAUUAGAGACGGUUCUGGUGUUGGUGUCUUCAGGAUAGAUGAAGUCACAGGUGUUAUAGAGACUUCAGAUCGACUGGACAGGGAAUCGACUUCCCAUUACUGGCUCACAGUCUAUGCCACGGAUCAGGGUGUGGUACCCCUGUCAUCCUUCAUAGAGGUCUACAUAGAGGUGGAGGAUGUCAAUGAUAACGCACCACAGACAUCAGAGCCUGUGUACUAUCCAGAAAUAAUAGAAAAUUCACCCAAGGAUGUAUCUGUGGUCCAGAUUGAGGCAUUUGACCCGGAUUCUAGCUCCAGUGACAAGCUGACAUACAAAAUUACAAGUGGAAAUCCACAAGGAUUUUUCUCGAUACAUCCCAAAACAGGCCUCAUCACAACCACGUCAAGGAAGCUGGACCGGGAACAGCAGGAUGAGCACAUACUAGAAGUGACUGUGACAGACAAUGGUACGCCCCCCAGAUCCACCAUUGCAAGAGUAAUCGUCAAAAUCCUUGAUGAAAAUGACAACAAGCCCCAGUUCCUGCAGAAGUUUUACAAAAUCAGGCUCCCAGAGCGUGAAAAAGCAGAUGGAGAGAGAAGUGUGAAGCGAGAGCCCCUGUACCGUGUCAUAGCUGCGGAUAAGGAUGAAGGGCCCAAUGCUGAGCUCUCCUACAGCAUCGAGGAAGGGAACGAGCAUGGCAGGUUUUCCAUCGAACCCAAAACGGGAGUGGUUUCAUCCAAAAAGUUCUCUACAGCUGGAGAAUAUGAUAUUCUUUCAAUUAAGGCAGUUGACAAUGGCCGCCCUCAGAAGUCAUCAACCACCAGACUCCACAUUGAGUGGAUCUCCAAACCCAAGCCAUCCUUGGAGCCGAUUUCAUUUGAAGAAUCAGUUUUCACAUUCACUGUUAUGGAAAGUGAUCCAGUGGCUCACAUGAUUGGGGUGAUAUCAGUGGAGCCUCCUGGCAUGCCUCUGUGGUUUGACAUCAUUGGUGGCAACUAUGACAGUCACUUUGAUGUCGACAAGGGCACCGGCACCAUCAUUGUUGCCAAACCCCUUGAUGCAGAACAGAAAUCCAACUAUAACCUCACAGUGGAGGCAACAGAUGGAACCACCACUAUCCUCACUCAGGUACUCAUCAAAGUAAUAGAUACAAAUGACCACCGCCCUCAGUUUUCUACAUCAAAAUAUGAAGUCACCGUUCCUGAAGACACAGAGCCGGAAACGGAGAUUUUGCAAAUCAGUGCCGUGGAUAAGGAUGAGAAAAACAAACUGAUCUACACUCUGCAGAGCAGCAUCGACCCAGUGAGUCUCAAGAAGUUCCGCCUGGAUCCUGCAACUGGUGCUCUCUACACCUCUGAGAAGCUGGACCACGAGGCUAUUCACCAGCACAUGCUCACAGUCAUGGUACGGGACCAGGAUGUCCCCGUGAAGCGCAACUUUGCCAGGAUCAUUGUUAACGUCAGUGACAUGAACGACCAUGCACCAUGGUUCACCAGCUCCUCCUAUGAAGGCCGGGUUUAUGAAUCGGCAGCUGUCGGCUCAGUUGUGUUGCAGGUUACAGCUCUGGACAAAGACAAAGGAAAAAAUGCUGAAGUGCUGUACUCAAUCGAAUCAGGAAACAUUGGAAAUUCUUUUACAAUUGACCCCAUCUUGGGCUCUAUAAAAACUGCCAGAGAAUUAGAUCGAAGUAACCAAGUGGAGUAUGAUUUAAUAGUCAAAGCUACAGAUCAAGGCAAUCCACCCAUGAGUGAAAUGACCUCUGUGCAUAUCGCUGUCACUGUGGCUGAUAAUGCCUCUCCAAAGUUCACAUCCAAGGAAUACUCUGUUGAAAUCAGUGAAGCCGUCGGCAUUGGGACUUUUGUUGGGAUGGUCUCUGCUCACAGUCAGUCAUCAGUGAUGUAUGAAAUCAAAGAUGGGAACGUAGGAGACGCCUUUGACAUUAAUCCACAUUCUGGAAGCAUCAUCACCCAGAAAGACUUGGAUUUUGAAACCCUGUCCAUUUAUACAUUGACAGUACAAGGAACCAACAUGGCUGGCUUGUCCGCCAAUACAACUGUUACAGUGCAUAUGCAGGAUGAGAAUGACAACCCGCCAGUUUUCACACGGGCAGAAUAUUCAGGAUUUGUUAGCGAAUCAGCUUCAGUCAACAGUGUGGUUCUAACAGAUAGGAAUGUGCCGCUAGUGAUUCGAGCGACGGAUGCUGAUAGGGAAUCCAAUGCUCUGCUCGUUUAUCAGAUCGUUGAGCCAUCUGUGCACAACUAUUUUGCUAUUGAUGCCACCACCGGCGCUAUUCACACAGUACUGAGUCUGGACUAUGAAGAAACCCGUGUUUUUCACUUUACUGUUCAAGUGCAUGACAUGGGCACUCCACGUCUGUUUGCCGAGUGUGCAGCCAAUGUGACUAUUCAUGUAAUUGACAUCAAUGACUGCCCUCCUGUCUUCUCUAAGCCAUUGUAUGAAGCAUCUCUUUUAUUGCCAACAUACAAAGGAGUGAAAAUCAUCACUGUGAAUGCCACAGAUGCCGAUUCCAGGCCAUUCUCACAGCUAAUAUACUCCAUCACCGAAGGUAACAUUGGAGAGAAGUUCUCAAUGGACUACAAGACGGGCACAAUAACAAUACAAAACACAACUCAGUUGCGAAGCCGCUAUGAGCUAACCGUCCGAGCCUCUGAUGGCAGAUUUGCAAGCAUGACCUCUGUGAAAAUCAAUGUGAAAGAAAGCAAAGAGAGCCCACUCAAGUUUACCCAAGAUUUCUACACUGCAGUUGUGAAAGAGAACACCACAGAAAGCAAAACAUUAGCUGUCAUAACUGCAAUAGGGAACCCGAUCAAUGAGCCUUUGUUUUAUCACAUCCUCAACCCCGAUCGAAGAUUUAAAAUCAGCCACACUUCAGGCGUGCUGUCCACCACUGGAAUACCAUUUGAUCGUGAGCAACGGGAAGCAUUUGAUGUGGUGGUAGAGGUGACAAAAGAACAUGAGCCAUCAGCAGUGGCCCAUGUCGUGGUGAAAGUCACCAUAGAAGACCAAAAUGAUAAUGCGCCAGUGUUUGUCAACCUUCCCUACUAUGCUGUUGUGAAGGUGGAUGCCGAGGUGGGCCAUGUCAUUCGCUAUGUCACUGCCAUUGACAGAGACAGUGGCAGAAAUGGUGAGGUACACUAUUAUCUUAAGGAGCACCAUGAUCACUUUCAGAUCGGCCCCUCUGGUGACAUUUCUCUGAAAAAACAAUUUGAGCAUGACACUUUAAAUAAAGAAUAUCUUGUCACAGUGGUUGCCAAGGACGGAGGUAGCCCAGCUUUCUCUGCUGAAGUUCUAGUUCCCAUCACUGUCAUGAACAAAGCCAUGCCUGUGUUUGAGAAGGCUUUCUAUAGUGCAGAGAUUCCAGAGAAUAUCCAGAUGCACAGCCCAGUGGUCCAUGUCCAAGCCAACAGCCCGGAAGGGUUGAAAGUGUUCUACAGCAUCACAGAUGGAGACCCUUUUAGUCAGUUUACUAUUAACUUCAACACUGGGGUGAUAAAUGUCAUAGCACCAUUGGAUUUUGAGUCCCACCCAGCCUAUAAACUGAGCAUACGGGCAACCGACUCCCUGACUGGCGCUCACGCUGAAGUGUUUGUUGACAUCAUUGUGGAGGACAUCAAUGAUAACCCUCCCGUGUUCGUGCAGCAGUCUUACACCACAACCCUGUCGGAAGCAGCUGUCAUUGGAACACCUGUCCUUCAGGUGAAAGCAACAGAUUCUGAUUCAGAACCCAAUAGAGGAGUUUCCUAUCAGAUGUUUGGAAAUCAUAGCAAAAGUCAUGAUCACUUUCACAUAGAUAGUAACACUGGGCUCAUUUCACUAGUGAGAGCUUUGGAUUAUGAACAGUUCCAGCAGCACAAGGUUUUUGUAAGGGCUGUUGAUGGAGGAAUGCCCCCACUGAGCAGUGAUGUGAUCGUCACUGUGGAUGUCACUGACCUCAAUGAUAAUCCACCUCUGUUUGAACAACAGAUUUAUGAAGCCAAAAUUAGUGAGCACGCAGCUCAUGGACAUUUUGUGAUGUGUGUGAAAGCUUGCGAUGCAGACAGUUCAGACCUAGACAAGCUAGAAUAUUCCAUUCUGUCUGGCAAUGAUCAUAAAAGCUUUGUUAUCGACAGUGAAACAGGCAUUAUCACGCUCUCAAACCUGCGCCGACACACCUUGAAGCCGUUUUACAGUCUCAAUGUUUCUGUGUCUGAUGGGGUUUUUCGAAGUUCGGCUCAGGUACACGUAACUGUGAUGGGAGGCAAUUUGCAUAGUCCUGUUUUUCUUCAGAACGAAUAUGAAGCAGAACUAGCUGAAAACGCUCCCUUACAUACCCUGGUGGCCCAAGUGAAGGCAAUGGAUAGGGAUUCUGGAAUUUACAGUCACAUAACUUACCAUAUCGUAAAUGACUUUGCUAAAGACAGAUUUUAUGUGAAUGACAGAGGGCAGAUAUUCACUUUGGAAAAGCUCGAUCGAGAGACCCCCGCAGAAAAAGUAAUCUCUAUCCGUCUAAUGGCGAAGGAUGCUGGAGGGAAAGUUGCUUUCUGCACUGUAAAUGUCAUUCUUACAGAUGACAAUGAUAAUGCACCACAGUUUCGCUCAACCAAGUACGAAGUGAACAUUGGAUCCAGCGCUGCCAAAGGGACAUCAGUCGUUAAAGUCUUUGCAAGUGAUGCUGAUGAGGGCUCCAAUGCUGAUGUCACCUAUGCCAUCGAGGCAGAUUCUGAAAGUGUGAAGGAGAAUUUGGAAAUCAACAAACUGACUGGCCUAAUUACUACAAAGGAAAGUUUAAUUGGCUUAGAGAAUGAAUUCUUCACUUUCUUCGUUAGAGCUGUUGAUAACGGGUCUCCGCCAAGAGAAUCUGUUGUUCCAGUCUAUGUUAGGAUACUUCCACCAGAAAUGCAGCUUCCAAGGUUCUCAGAACCCUUUUAUACCUAUGCUAUUUCAGAAGACAUGCCUAUUGGAACAGAAAUUGACCUCAUCCGAGUAGAACACAGCAGGGCCGUUCUUUACACCCUAGUCAAAGGCAACACUCCUGAGAGUAAUAGAGAUGAGUUCUUUGUGAUUGACAAGCAGAGUGGGAGACUGAAACUGGAGAAGAGUCUUGACCAUGAAACCACUAAGUGGUAUCAGUUUUCCAUCCUGGCCAGGUGCACUAUGGAUGACUAUGAGGUGGUAGCUUCAAUAGAUGUUAGUAUCCAGGUAAAAGAUGCAAAUGAUAACAGCCCAGUUUUGGAGUCCAAUCCAUAUGAGGCAUUUAUUGUUGAAAACCUCCCAGGGGGAAGUAGAGUCAUCCAGAUCAGGGCAUCUGACCUAGACUCAGGAACCAAUGGCCAAGUCAUGUACAGUCUAGAUCAGUCCCAAGGUGCAGACAUCAUUGAAUCUUUUGCCAUUAAUGUGGAAACCGGCUGGAUUACAACUCUGAAGGAGCUCGACCAUGAAGAAAGAGCCAGUUAUCAGAUUAAAGUCAUUGCAUCAGAUCAUGGUGAAAAGGUUCAGCUGUCCUCCACAGCCAUUGUGGAUGUUACUGUCACUGAUGUCAAUGACAGUCCACCACGGUUCACAGCUGAGAUUUACAAAGGGACUGUGAGUGAGGACGACCCUCCAGGUGGUGUGAUCGCCAUCUUAAGCACCACUGAUGCUGACUCUGAGGAGAUUAACAGACAAGUGACAUACUUCAUAACAGGAGGGGAUGCUUUGGGACAAUUUGCUGUUGAAAAUAUACAAAAUGAAUGGAAGGUCUAUGUGAAGAAACCCCUGGACAGGGAACAAAAGGACAGUUACCUUCUGACCAUCACAGCAACCGAUGGGACCUUCUCUUCCAAAGCUAGGGUUGAAGUGAAAGUCCUCGACGCCAAUGACAACAGUCCAGUGUGUGAGAAGACUUUAUAUUCUGACACCAUUCCUGAAGACGCCCUUCCUGGGAAGCUGGUCAUGCAGGUCUCUGCCACAGAUGCAGAUAUCCGGUCCAACGCGGAGAUUACUUAUACUUUAUUUGGUUCAGGUGCAGAGAAGUUCAAACUAAAUCCAGACACAGGUGAACUGAGAACAUUAGCCCCCCUUGAUCGUGAGGAGCAAGCCGUUUAUAAUCUCCUUGUCAAGGCAACCGAUGGAGGGGGGAGAUCCUGUCAAGCUACUAUUGUGCUCACAUUGGAAGACGUGAAUGAUAAUGCCCCUGAAUUCACUGCAGAUCCAUACACCAUCACCGUGUUUGAAAACACUGAGCCCGGGACACUGUUGACCAGAGUGCAGGCCACUGAUGCAGAUGCAGGAUUGAAUCGAAAGAUCUCCUACUCACUGAUCGACUCUGCUGAUGGGCAGUUCUCCAUUAGCGAGGUGUCUGGAAUUAUCCAAUUAGAAAAGCAUUUGGAUAGAGAACAGCAGGCAGUAUAUACUCUCACUUUGAAAGCUGUGGACCAAGGAGUGCCAAGAAAGUUGACAGCUACCAGCACUGUGGUUGUGUCAGUUUUGGAUAUAAAUGACAACCCACCUGUGUUUGAGUACCGUGAAUACGGUGCCACUGUGUCUGAGGAUAUUCUCAUCGGAACUGAAGUUCUCCAGGUGUAUGCAGCAAGUCGGGAUAUUGAAGCAAAUGCAGAAAUCACCUACUCAAUAAUAAGUGGAAAUGAACAUGGAAAAUUCAGCAUGGAUUCUAAAACAGGGGCCAUAUUUAUCAUUGAGAACCUGGAUUAUGAAAGUUCCCAUGAAUAUUACUUGACCGUGGAAGCCACUGACGGAGGCACGCCCUCAUUAAGUGAUGUGGCAACUGUGAACAUCAACGUCUCAGACAUCAAUGAUAACACCCCAGUGUUCAGCCAAGACACCUACACCACGGUGGUCGGUGAAGACGCGGCUCUUGAGCAGUCUGUCAUUACAAUUAUGGCUGAUGAUGCUGAUGGACCUUCCAACAGUCACAUCCGCUACUCAAUUAUAGAAGGUAACCAAGGAAGUCCAUUUACAAUUGACCCCAUCAGAGGAGAAGUGAAAGUGACAAAGCCCCUAGACCGGGAAACGAUCUCAGGUUAUACACUUACGGUGCAAGCUGCUGAUAAUGGCAAUCCACCCAGAGUCAACACGACCACAGUGAACAUUGAUGUAUCUGAUGUCAAUGACAAUGCGCCUCUCUUCUCCAGAGACAACUACAGUGUCAUCAUCCAGGAAAACAAGCCAGUGGGUUUCAGCGUCCUGAAGCUAGUGGUUACAGACAAGGACUCUUCUCACAAUGGUCCCCCCUUCUUCUUUACUAUUGUGAGUGGAAAUGAUGACAACACCUUUGAAGUGAACCAGCACGGGGUCAUCCUAACGGCAGGUGCCAUAAAGAGGAAAGAGAAGGACCAUUACCUUCUGCAUGUUAAGGUGGCUGAUAAUGGAAAACCUCAGCUAUCCUCGUUGACACAUAUUGACAUUCGGGUUAUUGAGGAAAGCAUCCAUCCUCCAGCCAUCUUACCGCUAGAGAUUUUCAUCACUGCUUUUGGAGAGGAAUACUCAGGUGGGGUCAUAGGAAAGAUCCACGCAACUGACCAGGACGUGUAUGACACAUUGACGUACAGUCUGGAUCCCCACAUGGACGGCCUGUUCUCUGUUUCCAGCGCGGGGGGUAAGCUGAUUGCACACAGAAAACUGGAUAUAGGGCAGUACAUUCUUAAUGUCAGCGUAACAGAUGGGAAAUUCACAACGGUGGCUGACAUCACCGUGCAUAUCCAACAAGUGACACAGGAGAUGCUGAACCACACCAUCGCCAUUCGCUUUGCCAACCUUACCCCGGAGGAAUUUGUCGGUGACUACUGGCGCAACUUCCAGCGGGCUUUACGGAACAUCCUGGGUGUUAGGAAGAAUGACAUACAGAUCAUCAGCUUGCAGCCCUCCGAUCCACACUCGAAUCUAGAUGUCUUACUCUUUGUAGAGAAAUCAGGUAGUACACACGUUUCAACAAAACAACUCCUGCACAAGAUCAAUGCUUCUGUGACUGACAUCGAGGAGAUCAUUGGUGUGAGGAUACUGGAUGUGUUCCAGAAGCUCUGUGCAGGGCUGGAUUGCCCAUGGAAGUUCUGUGACGAGAAGGUGUCUGUGGAUGAAAGCGUUAUGUCCACUCACAGCACGGCCAGACUGAGCUUUGUGACUCCCCGACACCAUAGAGCAGCUGUGUGUCUCUGCAGAGAUGGGAAGUGCCCACCCAUCCCCCAUGGGUGCGAAGAAAACCCGUGCCCUGCAGGAACUGAAUGUGUUGCUGACCCCAGAGAGGAGAAAUACAGCUGUGUGUGUCCUGGAGGCGGGUUUGGUAAAUGUCCAGGGAGUUCAUCCAUAACUUUUACCGGAAACAGCUUUGUGAAAUACCUUCUGAUGGAAAAUGAGAACAAAUUAGAAAUGAAAUUGAGCAUGCGGCUGAGAACCUAUUCUUCCCAUGCAGUUGUUAUGUAUGCUCGAGGAACUGACUACAGUAUCCUGGAGAUUCAUGCUGGAAGACUGCAGUACAAAUUUGACUGUGGAAGUGGCCCUGGGAUUGUCUCUGUUCAAAGCAUCCAAGUCAAUGACGGGCAGUGGCAUGCAGUGUCCCUUGAAGUGGAGGGCAAUUAUGCUAAAUUGGUUCUCGAUGAAGUCCAUACUGCAUCAGGCACAGCCCCAGGGGCCCUGAAAACCCUGAACCUGGAUAACUAUGUGUUUUUUGGUGGCCACCUCCGCCAGCCAGGAGCAAAGCAUGGAAGAAGCACCCAAAUUGCCAAUGGUUUCCGGGGCUGCAUGGACUCUAUUUAUUUGAAUGGGCAGGAGCUGCCUUUGACUAGCAAACCAAGAGCCUAUGCACACAUUGAAGAAUGGGUAGAUAUAUCUCAUGGAUGCUUAUUAACAGCCACGGAAGACUGCUCCAGUAACCCUUGUCAAAAUGGAGGCACUUGCAAUCCCUCACCUACUGGAGGUUAUUACUGCAAAUGCAGUGCAUUAUACAUAGGGAUAUACUGUGAGGUGAGCAUCAACCCAUGCUCCUCCAACCCCUGCCUCUAUGGUGGAACGUGCGUGGUGGACAAUGGAGGCUUUGUUUGCCAGUGUAGGGGAUUGUACACUGGCCAGAGAUGUCAGCUUAGUCCAUACUGCAAAGAUGAACCCUGUAAAAAUGGUGGAACAUGUUUUGACAGUUUGGAUGGUGCUGUCUGUCAGUGUGACUCAGGCUUUAGGGGAGAAAGAUGUCAGAGUGACAUUGAUGAAUGUGCUGGGAACCCCUGUCGGAAUGGGGCCCUUUGUGAGAACACAUAUGGCUCCUAUCACUGUAACUGCAGCCACGAGUACAGAGGGAAGAACUGUGAAGAUGCCACUCCCAACCAGUAUGUGUCCACUCCAUGGAAUAUUGGCCUGGCCGAAGGAAUAGGAAUUAUUGUGUUUAUAGCAGGGAUAUUCUUGCUGGUGGUGGUGUUUGUCCUCUGCCGUAAGAUGAUCAGCCGGAAGAAGAAACCCCAGGCUGAACCUGAGGACAAACGUUUGGGACCAACGACAGCUUUCUUACAGAGACCUUAUUUCGAUUCUAAGCUGAACAAGAAUAUUUACUCUGACAUACCACCCCAGGUGCCUGUCCGGCCUAUUUCCUACACUCCAAGCAUUCCAAGUGACUCUAGAAACAAUCUUGACAGAAAUUCCUUUGAAGGCUCGGCCAUCCCAGAGCAUCCAGAAUUCAGUACUUUUAACCCCGAGUCUAUGCAUGGACACCGAAAAGUUGUGGCCGUGUGUAGUGUAGCUCCAAAUUUGCCUCCGCCACCACCUUCAAACUCUCCUUCAGACAGUGACUCCAUACAGAAACCUAGCUGGGACUUUGACUAUGAUGCAAAAGUGGUGGAUCUCGAUCCUUGUCUUUCCAAGAAGCCCCUGGAGGAGAAGCCCUCGCAGCCCUACAGUGCCCGUGAGAGCCUGUCGGAGGUGCAGUCCCUUAGCUCCUUCCAGUCAGAGUCCUGUGAUGACAAUGAAUCUUUGGCUGCUCCUGACCUCAGCAAACCAAGAGGGUACCACUGGGACACAUCAGACUGGAUGCCGAGUGUUCCCCUGCCAGACAUACAAGAGUUCCCCAAUUACGAAGUUAUUGACGAGCACACACCCCUGUACUCGGCGGAUCCAAAUGCCAUUGAUACUGACUAUUACCCUGGGGGUUAUGACAUUGAAAGUGACUUCCCACCCCCACCUGAGGACUUCCCUGCGCCUGACGAGCUGCCACCAUUGCCUCCAGAAUUCAGCGACCAGUUUGAGUCCAUACACCCACCCAGAGACAUGCCUGCUGCAGGUAGCUUGGGAUCUUCCUCCAGAAGUCGGCAGAGGUUCAACCUGAAUCAGUAUCUGCCCAGUUUCUACCCCGCCGAUAUGUCUGAACCUCAAAAACAAGGCACUGGUGAAAACAGUAUGUGUAGAGAACCCUAUGCCCCGUACCCUCCAGGGUAUCAAAGAAACUUCGAAGCCCCCACUGUCGAAAACAUGCCCAUGUCUGUGUACACCUCCACAGCAUCCUGCUCUGACGUGUCAGCGUGCUGUGAAGUAGAGUCUGAGGUCAUGAUGAGUGACUAUGAGAGUGGCGAUGAUGGCCACUUUGAAGAAGUGACAAUUCCUCCACUAGAUUCCCAACAGCAUACAGAAGUGUGACACUCAGACUCCUCCCCAAAGUGCCUGGACUUUAAAGAACCUAGAGAGGGUAUCAAUGAUCUCCGCAUUGUUCUUUGCAGCAGUCUUAUGCGCUUCUCAGUGAGCUGCAGUGGGCAUGGCUGCACGGAAUCACACGCCUCUUGACAUGCUAGCCAUUUCCAGUUCCUAACCGACUGUACCUGAGGGGUUCUCAUCGCCUGUGCCAUUUCUGAGCAUCUUUUCGUAUUUAGAUGUGUCUCUGUUAAAAUAAUGAAACCGAAAUCAGUCCUGUCAUCCUGUUAGCAUGAUUCAUGUAUUUAUAUAGAUUCGAUUUUAUUUUAAUUUUGCUUUUUUUGUGUGUGUAAAUUUUCUGUACAGAUUUGAUUUUUUUUUUCCUUUCAUAGUUUUAACUAUGUUUUCAGAACGCAUUGUGCAUUUGUUUUCCUCUGGAUCUGGGUGGCGUAGUGUCGUCCGUCGCCUAGCACCCUGAUUUUCUAAUGUAACCAGGGUUUCACUGUGUUCUUUCCCACUGAAGUAUGACAUUUCAUUAACGCAUUUCGGUCCAGUCAUUUAUUUCUAGCUGUACAUACAAGGUGAGGAAGACCUGUUACUGGACAUGUCUUAAAUGGGUUGCUGUAUUAGGAUUGUAAACAUUUUUCAUUACUGGAAAGUGUAAAGGGGACCUUCUGCAUACCUGUUUAGAACCAAAACCACCAUGACACAGUUUUUAUAGUGUCUGUAUAUUUGUGAUGCAAUGGUCUUGUAAAGGUUUUUACUGAAAACUAUCAUUAGCCAGCCUUUCUUACUGACAAUAAAUUAUUAAUAAAAUACUUUAGCUUUACUGCCUGA